CAGUCAUAUUCUUCUGAAAGCAUGGCUCAAUGAAUGAACACUCUACAUUUCAGGUAGCCAGCCAACACAACAUUGAGAUCACGUUUACAGAUACACAGACAGAGAAACUGCCAAGGUAACUGUGUCUCAGAUAGAUGGCUGACAAGCAGAUCAGUUUACCUGCCAAAUUGAUCAACGGGGGAAUUGCUGGACUGAUUGGUGUGACAUGUGUAUUUCCUAUUGACCUAGCCAAGACCCGUCUCCAGAACCAGCAAAAUGGUUCCCGUCUCUACACCAGCAUGUCAGAUUGCCUUAUCAAGACCAUCCAAUCAGAGGGGUACUUUGGCAUGUACAGAGGUGCUGCUGUGAACCUGACUCUGGUCACUCCAGAGAAGGCCAUCAAACUAGCUGCCAAUGACUUCUUUAGACAGCACCUGUCCAAGGAUGGUCAGAAGGUUAGCCUGCUGAGGGAGAUACUGGCGGGUUGUGGUGCUGGUACAUGUCAGGUCAUCAUCACCACUCCCAUGGAGAUGCUAAAGAUUCAGUUACAGGAUGCAGGGCGGAUAGAGGAUCAGAGGAAGCUGAUGUCCCAGGCUGCAGUUGGGGACCCUGGGGGCCCAGUGGAGUUGAGGUCCCAUACAGCAAUGCAGCUCACCCGGGAGACGGCCAUCCAUCCUGUAUGA